GUGUGAAGCGAGGCAGGGAGGGCUCUUGCCAGCGCAGAUUCCAUCUCCUCUCUGGGCGCCCGGGUGCCCGUCGUGCGCUGCCACUGUCUCACUCCCGGACACAGCGGAGCUGUGGCUAAUCAUAAACACAUCAGCAUUUCUCUCCCGUCCCUUCUCAUCGCCCCGUGCUCCAAGAAGAAGAAGAAGAAGAAGCAGAGAGAGGUCCGGGGCUGCGGAUGAGCGUGUCUUUGUGGCACCGCUCGCUGGCGGGCUGACAGAGGCGGCAUUGUUGGCGGGCUGAGCCCGCCUGGCAGCCGCGGAAGGUGGGAUCCGCGCCCUGCAUACGGAAUCGGGGAGCGGCCGGGACAGGGCCAGCGGCUCCGAGAGCUGCUUAAUGCUCGGAGGGAGUUUUAGAGCUCUGCUCCAACAGCUUCUCCUGGGGUCUUCUUCUGCACAGUGCAAAGAGGGUCUAGGAGGAGGAGUCCUUGUUAAUCAAAGCCCAGAAGCUUUUGGUUCAUCACUGGGAGAGCCUGUAUGAAGACCUGUGUGGAUGAAGUUAUAAGAAACAGAAGGUGCAUGCAGCACAGAUGUCCGUCUUCUUCAAGGAGUAACUUCUUCAACCCCAAGUGAUACCAGGUCCUGCUAGUACCAUGGGGCUAGAGGGUGUUUUUUUAGGCACUGGACAGAUCCACGUAAUCCUGUGGGGAAGUUUGGCAGCCAUGACAACACUCUUGUUCCUCACCUUCCUCAUCUUCCUUUGCUCCAGCUGCAAUGGGGAAAAGAAGGCCAAAAAUCAGAAUGGAGAUCAUGAAAAUCUGAUGAAUGUGCCUUCCGAGAAGGAGGUGUUCAGCCAUUCCAUCGCGAGUUCCGUCACGGAGCCUCCCCCAAACAGCGAACAGAACGGGGCCCUCAGCAACGGAGAGGUUCUUUCUGAGGACAGUACAGCUGCCUGUAUCCAGCCUUAUGAAGAAGUACAGACAUCUGAUCUACUAGAUCAACAGGAUAGUCUUGGAAAGUCUAUAAAAUGUCACCAGAGCCGGGAACUACCCAGCAUUCCCCCUAACAACCCCAUGGAAACUAUAAUCUCAUCUAGAAAUGCAGAAAAUGAUCAAGGUCUUGGAAUGGAAGGGCCUUACGAAGUCUUGAAAGACAGCUCCUCUCAGGAGAACAUAGUUGAAGACUGCUUGUAUGAAACUGUGAAGGAAAUUAAAGAUGUUGGAGCAGUAGUCAGCAUGGAAGGGAACUCUAACAGCAAAUCAAAGGCUUCACUGACAGUUUCUGAAGGUCAGAACCAGAUUCCUGAGUGCAGAAUUGAGUCAGCAGAAUAUGCAUCUGUUGACCGAAACAAGAAGAGUCGCCAAAGUGCAAAUUCAGAAAGCCCUCUUGACAACAUACCAGAUGUAGAGGAUGAGCUUCCCCCUCCAGUACCCAUGAAACUUCUUGAUGAAAAUGAAAAUGUGCAAGAAAAAGAAGUGGAAGAAGAAGUGACAGAAGGAGCGAGUAAACCAGAAAAGAGGCUUAGUUCAGUGUCUUACAAGUCUCGAGAGGAAGAUCCAUCUCUUACAGAAGAUGAGAUCUCAGCCAUGUACUCAUCGGUGAGUAAGCCGGGACAGGCCAUCAAGGCACUGGAUUCUCCUUACACCUGCAUUCAAGAAAUUGCAUCCCAGAGGUCCCCCUCCAUUUGCAGUGGCCUCUAUGCAAGUGUGAAGGACUUUGAAAACACCCUCAAUUCCACCACCGUGCCUCAGCCAGCGGACAGACCAAACGGGGAGCUGGAGCCGGACUAUGAAGCUAUCCAGUCAGUGAGCCAAGAGGAAGACAGGACCUUGGCAGUGCCUAACACAAACCACACUGCUCUUUCAGGAGAGAGCGACUACGAGAGCAUAGGGGACUUGCAGCACCACAGGGAAUUCACCAGACUUUAACCACUCUGGCAGCAGAUUUCCCCGCCGUUACUUUCAAAGGACAAUGAAACAUGGAGAGGGAAGUGCUUUUCCUAUGGAACACAAGUUGUGAAGAAGCAAUGUACGUUUCAGCCAGGGUGUGAUACCUGCUGGUUUUUCUGGGUGGUGGAUCAAGGCUCAUGGGAAAGGGUACAUCAGGUCAGAAGGAUGACCAGGAAAAUGUAAAGAUUCCUUUAUUGUUAUUAGCUCCAAGGCAAACGUAAUUUGGGAAGGAGUGCCAUGCUUGUUGUCCUGAUAGGAUUACGUACCAAAAAGACUACCUUUACACAAAACUAGCUUCUCAUUUUAAGAGAUUGUUUCAUGUAAUUUUCCUCGAAGUGUUUUUCAAGCAUAAUUUUUCAUUCAAGUUUUGGCAUCUGCAAUUUUGAGCAAACCACGGAUAAUUGUACCUCAACUCAGACUUACUCUGCGGGGCUGGGGAAGAUGCACUCACUUCUGUGUCUUUUGGGGAGCUCUGUCCACCUUCACUGCAACUAAAGUGCAAACAACAGUAGUGCACAAGGGACUGACUCCAAAUGUACUUGAAUUAAUUCUGCUGGCUUUGUCUUUUCUUUUUUCUUUUCUUUUAUUUUUUUUUAAUGUCAAGGGCUGUAUAAUGUGACUUGCAGUAUUCGAGAUGUGUACUGGUAUUUGUAGGGGUUUUGUCUGAUUAUUUGUGAAAUAUCCCUUUAAAAUGGCAAUGGUCACCCUUAGCAUUCUUGCACUGUUUCCCUCAAAUGGACAGAAACACCUACACACACACACCCCAGACCAUUGUCAUGUUGCAAAAAUUGUGCAAUUGAAUGCCUUGGCAUAAUAUGUAGUCUAACCUUAGUAAUGUUGAGUAAAUUUUUUUUGCACAUUUUUGCCCUUUUUAAAGACUUAACUGUUUUAAUGUUUGUCUAGUUUCUUAUCUAGGAAAAAUUAUGUACUGUUUGAGUGGGUAUUUUUUUUUUUUACAACAUACUUUUCAUCUUCAAAGUUUUUAUCGAUUAAUUUACUGGGGUUUGUAACAGGAGGAAUCCCAUUCUUUAUUUGGGCUUGGUUUUUAAAUUUUUUUCCUAUUUCAAAAGUAGAUAAAUGAAAAUUGCUUUGGGGUUGUUUUGUUGACUUUUUCUGUCUCCUUGAGCAGGGAAAUGGAACAUGCCUUGCUGGUUUUAAGCUAAAAUCAUGGAGUCUAUGUAAAAGAACACUGCCAAAGGGCAAAAAAGAGGCAAAAGAGACAGUGGGAUUUAGUCAGGCAUAGCCACUGGUCCUCCUUGUUCUUCUGCUAAAAGGAGCAGGAGGGCAACCAAGACCUACUUGGGCCUCUGAAAAACAGUUUGAAAGCCACUGGCUUUUCAAAAAUGCUGACUUAUUCUGUUCAGAAUAACAGAAAAACAAAGUACAGUGCUUGGAUGAAAUAAGCAGGUACUGAUUGGUACCUUUUUUCCUCAAGAAUAAUUCAAUAAAUAGUCCAAUGGUACAAGAACAGUCCAACAGUAAAGAACUAGCAUUGUGUGACAUGCAUGUGCACAUAUCCCCAUGUAUAUAAGCAUACACUUGUAAUUUGGACACAAGUAUAAGUUAUAGUCCAAGCUGGCAACAUUCACAUACGUAAUAUCUGGCAUGUGCUUGAAGAGCAGUUUAUUUUUAAUUCAAAAUAAACAGUGCAUAAACUGAGGUUGGCUUGUUCUGUAGCAAACAAAACAGGUCUACUUUCACCUCAGUUGGUACUGGGUUUUGAAGGUUGAACCCUUCUCAGAUCCUCAGUCAGUUCUCACCAUGACUUGGUACUAUAAAGAACAAACCUAGAUCUGGUUACACACAUUUAUUAGAAAUAGCUUCAUAACUGAGAGAAGUGUGCUGAUUUACAGGCUUUGCCUGCAAGUAGUACAGCUCUGAGGAGCAGUGCAGCUGUGCAGCCAGCCUCUGCCCACAGGGUGGUUCAAACUUCGUGGAUCCUGACCUUGUGGGACAGCGCAGCACACUCGAUCUCCGACUCUCUUCCUCGGAGGAGAAGCAGUUCAGACCACUCUACAUCCAUCCUGUUCUUGACCACGCAUCAUGUUUUGACAGCUGCAGCAAACCCUUUGCUUCCACUUCAGUGCUUUUUAAGGAUGACUGUGGUUUUGCUUUCUGGAGUUUUUCCCUUUAUAAAAGUUUUAGUUUCUGUUUCCUUGAAUGUGAAUUCAUGAAGUUCACUUUGAAUGUUCUCUCCUUCUACUUCACACUGUUUAAGGCCAAAGAUAAGAUGCACCAUUUUUCGGAAUAUUUGUCAUGCUGGAGAAUUUCUUUAGUCUUUAACUAUGUGUUUGCUGUCUGUUCCUUGCUCAGGGGUACCAGUUUAUAUAUAUAGUCCUCAGUCUGACUCCUGCAGUUUAGUGGCAGGCAUACCUCAACUCCUGAUAUUCCCAAAUGCAUCCCAAGGCGUAGUUAUCCCUCUACAUGGAUGACUGUUUUUGGAGAAAAAGUAGGAACAUGAGGUUUGCCAGGUUCACUAGAUUCAAUUUCAAGACCAAUUCAAAGAUAUCUUGAGAUAAUGUCAGUUGAUAGCAAAGAAUAGCACUGAAUUCUUGAUUGUAAAAUUUUAAGGUGCAAAAGAAGAAAAGCAAACAUCACUCUAGAAAUACCCCCAUUGAGACCAGCUGGCCAAAGGAUGGUGGAGGACUGUCCAGUCAUUCUGUUGUCUUUCAUAGCCAGAUCAGAAAUGUUGCUUUGUAGGAAGGGACACAAGUCCUUCCAUCCUUUCUUUCCUCUGUUCUGACAACUGUUCCUGAGACCCCCUAGGCUUCCCUUUUACACAGUGAAAGAAAAAUUUUCCUCCACCUCUCUUCUUUCUUUGGUUUCUGUUUUUAACCUGUCUCAUACAGCCUUGCACUGGGAGCUGGUACCAUGUCUGCAGUGCUGUGGCAGUGGCACAUUCCUUCCUCUUUCAAUUACUUUCAGGCUGGUCACAACCUUUUAAUGGUUCAUCAGACCUCAGUCUCAUGGAGAAGCAAUUCACCUUUUGGAUUACUGCUUUCAGGACCUGCCCUCAGCCUUGAGACCCCACACACUGGACUUAAAAGCUGCAAAAAAUAAUUACCCUCCUGAACAAGGAUGUAUGAGGGAGUUCAUAACUCCCCUGCAAUCUCCAUUAUGUAGUUUAAUGCUAAAUUAAAAUGUUUUAGAAUUCAGUCCAAGGCUGGUAAGUGAGUAUUAACAUUUCUUGACAAAGAAUCAAGGUUCUGGUUUAGUUCCCUCUUCCCAGAAGUAAUAUCUGUUCCUUUGUGGCUGUUGUCAAUGCUUCCUUUUCAUUAAUAUAUUUGAUAGAAAGAUUUUUCCAGCAGUAAUCCCCAAAGAGAUUAAUCUGACUGUAAAGAAAAGGGAGUCUCUUCUACUUGUCUCUUUACUGCUCUUUUUAACUCUUUCACCAUACCCCUAAAUAAAAUGUCAACAUCCAAAAUGAAA